UUAGUCGAACGCGGUAAUCAAGUUCGUCACGACUUCAAUACUAAAAAAAAUGUUUGACGUUGACAUUAAUAGAAAGAUCAACUUCUAUCUUUCUAGUCAACGAGAUUAUUUUGCUUAUAAAUUAGUUGGCAUUCCAUGUAUUGUAAUAUAUCUAAUUAAUUCUCAAGCAUUUUCUUCAUAUUUCCUUCUAUAGUUUCUCGUUUAAAAAGUUUCUUACAAAAACAUUUUAAAAUCUGUAAUCAUAUAUGGCACCACCACCACCUGUUUCAUUGAAGGUAGUAAACCUUCUACUGAGGGUUCUGACGGCAAUUUUCCUAGUUAUAUCUGUCAUCGUCCUCACCACCAAUAGCGUAACCAUCGGAUCUAUCAAAUUUCAUUUCAAUGAUGUUUAUGCUUAUAGAUAUAUGCUAGCCGCAGCUGUCAUCGGACUGAUUUACGCUGUCAUACAACUUAUAUUCACAAUCUGCCAAUUCGCCACUGGAGUGACAAACUCAUUUAAUUAUCAACUCGAUUUUUACGGUGACAAAUUAGUAUCAUAUCUAGUGGCGACGGGUUCGGCAGCUGGAUUUGGAGUAACCAAAGAUUUGAAAGAUGCAUUUAUAGCAUUGGUUGCAUUAGAUUCGACUGAUCCUGUGGAUGAGUUCUUCAGCAAAGGAUAUGCAUCAGCCAGUCUUCUUCUCUUUGCUUUCCUCUGUCUCGCCGUUUUAUCUGUUUUCUCGUCUUUAGCCAUUGCCAAACGAUCAUUAUAAUUCUCAUCAUGAAAAACACAAAUUAAUGCUUUAAAAUCUGAUUUGAUUAUAUAGCUUUGUCCCAAUGUUAUGUGUUGUUAUUCAUUCUGUAAACAACUUACGAUUGUUUUUGUAACCAAAGUCUAAUAAGUGUUGAUCUAAUGCAUGUAAAGUAAUUCAA